GAAUAUAUCCGAACAUUCGACAAACAUUGAGUGCAUUGUGAAUCAAAGACUUAUAAUUGGUACAAUUUCGUGGAGAAUACGGAUGUGGACGGACGUAAUCGUGAAGGCGACUUCGCAGAAAUGACUGACGUCUGAUUUCUUCAUCUCCGGUUGAUCGUCGGAUAAAGUUACUUGGAUCAUAAUUACUGCUCUGUCUUUAAGCCACGGUUUGCAAUGCGGAUAGAAAGUUGAGAUUAAUUAACGUCGAAAAAAAAAAACGGACUAUAAGUAUAAGUGAAUCAUACAACAAGUGAUGUGAUUCUUGCUAGACAAGACUCUUUCGUAAAGCGCCGCUGGUAACAGGUGCAUUCGGAACAAGAAGCGCGCGAAAGAAGACGAAUACGAGGAGAAGGCAAAAAAGUCGAAGAAGAGGAAGAGAAGGAGAACAUAGAAAUCGGUCGUCGAAAGAGUAGCGCGCAAGCAGGGUCUCCUACGGCGAUAAGGCGAGGCCCAGGUGUCGGUGGAGGGAACGUAUGUAUCGCGCGGGGCCGGUCACGCGGACCGGGCCCACCGCUGCCACUCGUGAGAGAUCGCGCGCUGACCCAGAUUUCGGCGGGUCAAACCGACGCGAGGAGGCCGCGGUGGACUUUCUGAAAUGGGACACGGCGCAGCCUGGAGCUAAAUUAGCCGCGAUGUCCAAUAAGAGUAAGUCCCAGUCGCAGCAGCAGCAGCCGCAGCCGCAGCAUUAUCAGCAGCAACAACAGCAGCAGCAGCAGCAUCCUCCGCACGUAAUCAAACCAGUGGACCAACUGCCGCCGCGCUAUCAGCCCCCUCCGCAGCCUACCAGCGGCAUUCUGAAGAACCAUCUACACUUUGCCAACGGAGGUACAUCGAUAUCAAGCUUGGCUCAGGCCGGCAGUAAUCAAGGUUCAGGCGUGGCCUUGAACCAUCAUCAGAACACGCAGCCGCGCACGUUGCCACCGCCCCCGCCGUCUUCGCAGCAUCAUCAUCAGCAGCAUCAAUCGCAGCAGCCAACUCAAUCACAGCAGCAAUCGCAGCAGCAGCCACCAUCGAAGGAUGCGCAGAGCAAAUACUCGCCAAGAAUAGAGCAUCAUCAUCAUCAUCCCCAGCCGGGUAACCCUCUGAUCGCUGCCGCAUCGGCAGCGGCGUCUAAGAGUCAACAACAGCCGCAGCCGUCAACCUACCUCCAACAGCCUAAGCUUAGCCAGGGUCAGUACUUGCCACCCAGCAGUCAGUAUCCGGCGGUGAACAACGGCCAGAGCGCGCCGGUCAGACAGAGGAUCAGCGACGACGAAUUUCUGCGACUCGGCCCCGUGGAGAUGCUUAAGUUCGUGCGGAAGACCGAGAGUGACAUCGCUAGGCUCGCCGCCGAGCAGAAUCGCCAGAUACAGAACUUGGUGAAUGAGCUGCGGUUGCUGAAAGAAGCUAACCAAAGAUUGAACGACGAUAACCAAGAAUUGCGCGAUCUUUGCUGCUUUUUGGACGACGAUCGUCAAAAGGGUCGCAAAUUAGCGAGAGAGUGGCAGAGAUUUGGCCGAUACACAGUGAGCGUUAUGCGACAGGAAGUUUCAGCUUACCAGAAUAAGUUACGUCAACUGGAUAAUAAGCAACAGGAAUUAAUUAAAGACAAUCUAGAGCUCAAAGAACUGUGCCUAUAUCUCGAUGAGGAACGCAGCGGUGGUCAAAGAGACGACGGCGACGGGUCGAGUUCGAGUACGAACGCCGAAGAGACUGCGCCGCCAAGGCCGAGACACACUUCCACAUUUAACGAUCAAACAAUGCAAUACGUAAGAAGCUUGGAACAACGGGUGAAACAGUUGGAAGAAGACAAAAAUGUUCUCCAGACCCGAGCGCAAGGUUGGGAAGUGCUACCAUCGGGUGAAGUUUGGGAUAGUCCUGCGAGCCCGAAUGACAACACUCACUUAGGAAGCCGACCGGAGGCCGUAGUGCGCGCUCUCCAAGUUCUCGAAGUCAGAGAACAACUGGAAAGAGAAGAAGGUCAUGAUGGUGAAAAGGCGUUAGUCAGAGAAAUGUGCAAUGUCGUCUGGCGGAAAUUGGAGGAAGGUCCGCAAGCAAGGCAUUAACGAUCAUGCCAAGAAAACAACUAUCUGUCAAUAUUAGAGCGUUGUUAAUAUAUAACAAUAAGCUCUAACAUACGUGACGUAAAGAUAGUAUAAUAGUGAAUAAUAGGUCUACUCUUUAAUUGUUACUGCACUGAACUGUACUAAUUAUAAGACUUUCUAUCUCGCGUUCG